AUGGCCCGAGAAGCUCCCGAAGCUACGAUAUUCUCCGCGACGUAUUCGCCGCCACCCGGCCACGGCCACAGCAUGGCUGCCGACGUAGUUUCGCUAUUCCACGACGACGACAAGCCCGCCCUCUGCGACCGGACCUUGUUCCGCGAGAAGGGGCCUUCCAAUACCACGACGACUAGCGGUCUGGACUCGGCCGAGCGCCCUCCGCAAAGCCGGGCGAGCUGCACCAUCUCUAGGCUGCUCAAGGGGAAGGAGCGAGAAUGGGCUGCUGUUUCUAAGAGGAGCCGGCCACUGACUCUACUCGAGCUUCCCGUCGACGUCCUGCGUCUGGUCGUCAAGGAGGUGCGUUUGGACUCUCCUACUCUCCACUUCACCGCCCCCUCACAGACAUCGCUUACGAGCAUCGAUGCUAACGUCUUUUGGGUACAGGUAACUCAUACGAACGACUUGACGGCGCUCGCCCUGACGAAUUCGACCCUCUACAACCUCGCCGUUCCCCAGAUAUACGCCCGCUUCGAUAUCGUCUGGCCAGACACGCAGACGACAGCCCCCGAGGGCAAGAGCGUCGAUGCAUUGACAUACGGCCUAUCAACUCUGUGCCUCGGCAGCACCUUUGCCAAAACUACAUAUCGUCUGCGGAAACAGGGACUUUUGGAUCGUUUUGGACGCGGCGAUGUACGGGAGCCAAAGUACGGCGGCGCAGACUACGCCAAAUACACGCGCAAGUUCUCGCUCGGAAAUGGCCCUCCGGAUUGGGUAGCCGAGUACCUGAUCACCAAGGAGAGCGGCAAGAUGCUGGGGACGCUGGUCGCGAUGGCCGUGGCCAAGAUGGCCAACCUGGAGGCCUUCAUGUGGGACAUGCCCACGGGCGUCUUGUCAGACAUCUUCAUGUCCCUGGCGUCGCUGCCGGACCUUCACCCCAACGGCGAGUGCAAGCUGGACAGGUUAUGGAUCCGGUGGCACGACAACAAUGAGCUUAAUAUCCCCUCCAGUUCGACGACGAACCUGGUCACGACGGUCCAGCAACAAGCCGUGGUUCCACUAGGAAGCACUCUCACCCCUAUCGGCAUCCUGCUGCCCAGCAACGCCAGCCAUCCGAAGCCGCGGGCCAAGAUCCCCUACUCCGAAAGCCACGUCGAGUUUCCGACGUUUAGUGUCGUACCCCCUGUCAGCAGUUUGACAGUAUUAGAUGUCGAUGAGCUGUCCUACCUGGAUGAGAUGUCUAUCCUGAUAGAGCGGUCAAAAGACCGGUUGAAGGAGCUCAGGAUCGGUGUUUCUGCCAAGGCGAUGCACAAGGACUUCGUGCAGACUUGGGACGGUGCCGACCUCGAGCAGAUCGAUCACGAUGCGCGUUGGCCGGGAGAGAGCACAAUAGGGGAACGCCGGCUGGGAGGUGUUCUGGGAGUGCUGGUGGGGAGAAUAUACGACAUUCGGCGAAAGGUCAAUACUAAACCCAGGGGAACGGUGGCAGCAGAUUCCGAAGCUCCGCCAUCGGGGACGCACGCUCAUGAGCAGACUCAUGGCAGUGAUGAUGGAGCUUCCGACGGCAUGACUGACAACGUCGAUGGUCACGUCUCCAUGCAGCGGACAGCCCUCGACAACCCUGAGAACCAGACCUCGAGACAGUCUGUUGAUCUCAAGCAGCUCAAGACACCCAAUUCCACACUGAGGAGGACGUCUGAGGAUGCAGCCGAGACCACUGGCCGCCGGAGGCUUGAGGGUAAGCUCAGACUUGAGACGCUCGAGAUGGAGCGGAUCAACUUGUCGAUUCAAGUCUGUUGCAAAGCACUCGACUGGACCACGUUGACCAACCUGACCAUCCUGGACUGCUCACAGCACGAAAAUCUCUGGAAGCUGCUGAGGCGGCACUUUGCCCCCACCCCCAUGUCCGGAGGUUAUGGUAUCUCUACCUCUCCCGCCAAGCAUAAUCCCAAUGCGCCAAUGCACUACCACAUGGCUCUCAAGCGGAUUCAUGUAGAUGUUACUUCGCCGAGCUUGAUCACAUUCAUCAAGGAGACAUUGGCUCCUAAUUCACUCGAGGUCUUGUUCCUGCAGGACCGGCGCCGGGCUCCCGGACCACCUCCGGUCAGAAUCGAGGCGAUAUUCAAAGGCGCCCUGAAGCGCCAUCGUGGGAGUCUGCAGAAGCUCCUGCUGGAUAGCUCUACGAGACCCAACGCGAGCAACGCCGCCGUGCCAGAAAAUACCCGCUGGAAGCAGUGGGCUCUGUCGACGCGCGUGCUCCUCUACAUCACCAGCGGCCGGAUGACUAGCCUACGCGAGCUGUCCGUGUCGCUGUACUAUAGAGACUGGCAUACUUUCUUGCAACGAUUGCCCAAUAUCCCGCAGCUUAGGUCGCUGCAUAUUCCGCAUAUGGCAGAGCACCCCGUCGGUACGUCGGAUCCCCGCGACCUCGGCCUCCAGAUCUCCAAUAUCAUCACCCUCCGCCCGGAGAUCCAGCUCUGCUACGUCGGCAUCUUGUCCAAGUGCUUCGAGAUCCUGGAGAGCUCUGGCAAAGACGCACAGAGCGGCGCCGUCGGCUUGGACGGCAACGGCGGCGGCGGCGGCGGCGCCCACAGCCACGGGGACGACGGCAACUCCAUGGUGGAGAUCAUCGAGGGCACGGAUGCAGAGGAGACUUCCGAGGAUGACGAUGACGACGAUGACGACGACGAAGAAGAAGAAGAUGACGACGACGACGACGUGGCGACGGACAGCGACACCGAGGACGCGAAUGCGCCGGCGACGGGCCUCAGCGCGGCGGACCCGGGUGUCAUGGAGGACCUGGGCCACUCGGGUGACUCGGACGCCGCCGAGUCGGAGGAGGAUGAUGAGGAUGAUGACGACAACGAUUCCUUUGUCGAGGCCGACCGCUUGGCGAGGCCGAAGCUGCGGCUGAGGGAGAUACUCUUUUACGAUGACAAGGUUGCGAUUUUCAAGGCUCGGCACGGCAGACUUUGA